AUGACAAACGGCUCGAGAAAGCGUGGGAAAUGGAUGCGUCAUUGGUUAUCAAUGGUAAAGAAGAAAAUGUUUCGCAGCAAAUCAAAAACUAAUAACAUUGAUAAUAUUGGUGCACAUGUUUAUUUCGAUGCAACUGGUUUAGAAUCAACAUUUACAACGGGCAUUGCAUCUUUGACAAACGGUGCUAGGGCUAUACUGAUAGCCAUGUUUGAAGAACCAGUCAAAUUGAACGCGAUGGAUAUUGUCUUGCGUGGAAUUACUAUUAAAGGAAAUACGGAUUAUCGGCAAACGUUCCCUGAAGUGAUUCAACUUAUUGAUAGUAAAAGGCUGAAUGUCGAACAACUUAUUACAAAGAAAGUCAAAUUGAAUGAUAUUGUCAAAGCCUUCAGAAAUUAA